AUGAUACAUCAUCUUCCUCGGGAGAUUCUCAGUAAAAUAUUUUCUUACGUACCCAUUGAGGACAUACGGACCUUACGAUCUUCACUUCUUGUCAAUCGUGAGUGGUGCCGCUGUGUAGUACCAAUACUGUGGAGAAAACCAUUCACCCUCAAACCACAACUAACAUGCUCACUGCUGAAACGACGUACAUGGAAUAUCAUCUACGUGUAUUCUUUAUAUCUGGAUGACGAGACCAAGAAAAAACUUCUUAUCGAUCCGCGAAAUUUCAGAGACUACACCAAAUCCCCUUUAUUUGAUUAUCCAUCUCUUCUUCGGGAAGUAGAUUUCAUCAAGGUGUAUCAAUUUAUUUCAAAGUGGAAAGAAAAUGCAUUACUGACCAAAGAAGAUCGUUGUGCAUAUGAUCAAAAUCAAAAUGGGGAAUCGGACAAUAAUAGUGAUCAAAUGGGAUCAGGAUGGGAUGAAGGAAAAGAUGAAUUUUCAACGUAUAACCAGAUUAUUAGUUAUCCCGAUUACUUCGAGCCAUCUAGUGAUCAAGAUCUUUCAGAUCUUUCAGAUUAUGAUGAUGGAUUAAGUGAUGAGGAUUAUGGAACAUACGAAGAGGAUGAAAAUAGUGAGUUUGGUGAAGAAGGCGAAAGAAACUCGUUGCAAUUCACGCUGGAAUUAUUCAAAGUUUUCUUUAAUCAUUCACCUCGCUUCGAUAUUCUCUGCUUUGAUAUCAGUAAUCUUUCACGUGUUCAGCCGCAUGUUGUCGCUGAAUAUCUAAAUCAAGUGCCAAAUCUGUCUGGAGCAGAUAAAUCUUUGCAACCAUUAUCGGAGCUUCGCUAUGCUGGGAAUCAGUAUUCAGUGGCGACCAUGGAAAAGUUAGUUCAUAUCUGUACAAAUCUAAAGUCCAUUGAAAUCUUGGAGUGGAAUAAUAGUGAUACUACGAAUCAAAUUAAUCAAAUUGCUUCGCUUAUUAAAAAUCAAAAAUCUCUCAAGAAAUUAAAUUAUCGAGGCAACUAUGAAAAUCUAGCAUCAGUUGUCAUUGCGCUAAAGAGUCAAAUAGAUUCAUUGGAGGAACUCGAACUUAUCAACGGUUAUUUUAAUUAUGUGAAUACCGUGGAAGCAAUUGCGGGAUUGAGUAAUUUAAGAACAUUAAAAAUAAAAAAUUGCAAUCUAACCACUACUACGAUGUAUCCCCUGAUAAAAGCUAAUUUUCCAAAGCUCACCACCUUUCAUUACACAGAUAAUCAAUAUGAUUGGGACGACUUGAUAAAUGAUGAAGAUCCUCCACCUGUCAAUGAACUCAAAUGUCUGCUCAAAAAUGUUGGCAAACAACUCCAAGAAAUCUCAUUGGACAUUCACGAAUUCUUUUACGUUGGCAUUAUUAAAAUUCUAGCCAGUCACUGUCCAAACCUUGUCACCUUUUCGGCCAAUAUUCAAAUCGAUCAAUUACUUGAUGAAUUCAUUAUUUUGCUGGCUGCAUCAAAAAAAUUAGAAAAGAUCGUCAUCUCCGCCAACUCGUGGAAUCGACUACUUAAUACGGAUCAUUUCAUGCGGCAAGUCGGCCAAGCGAUUCCAGCUUCGGUACGCUAUCUAGAUUUAACAAGAUGGACAUUUGGACCGAAAGCGCUUGAAGCCUUUCUCGAAGAGUCUAAAGCAAAUUUAGAGCAUUUUGCUUGGCAUUGUCCUGGUGCGUCGGGAUCCGAAAGUGUUGAGGUGAUUAGAGAAUACGCGAAAAAACACAAGCUGCAAUGUAAAGAGCUGCAAUGCAAAGAACCCAGUAUCUCCGUUUCUGGCAAUGCGUGUAAAAUGCGCGUUGAAUUUAACAAUAAUUGA